AUGAGAGAGGUGUGGAGGGGCAUGAAGACAAUCACUGGAUUCAGGCCAACCAACAGCAGGGGAGCUGAGGGAGGUGAGGAUAGAGCUAACGAGUUUAAUCUGUUUUUCAAUAGAUUCGACACCACAGUGUCUGCUCACACCCCCACAACCUCACCUGUAGUCAGCCUGGAACCCAGAGCCACACCACUGUGCCAGCCUCUCUCUUCACAUGGUGCUGUUGCCUCCUGUGAGAUUCCUGACACCCCUCCCCCACCCAUCACCUUCACUCAAUACCAGGUUGAGAUGCAAAUGAGGAGACUUCACUCAGGCAAGUCUGCUGGACCAGACGGAGUGAGUCCUCUCGUCCUCAAGACCUGUGCCCCCCAGCUGUGUGGAGUCUUUCAUAAACUGUUUAUGCUGAGUCUGCAGAGGGAUUACAGGCCCGUGGCACUGACCUCCCACAUCAUGAAGACCCUGGAAAGGCUCAUUCUGGACCAGCUGCGAACCAUAGUAAGACCACAUCUGGAUCCCCUGCAAUUUGCCUAUCAGCCUCGUCUCGGAACUGAGGACGCCAUCAUCUACCUGCUCGAUCGUGUCUAUACCCAUCUGGACCAGCCAGCGAGCACUAUAAAAAAGACAGACGGGACUUUAAAGGAAUGGCUGUGGGAAACUCUGGAGACUUUGGGAACUGAGGAGCUGAAAAACUUCAAGUGGUGUCUGCAAAAUGUUACUGAGUCAAAGGAUGGCUUCAAGCCAAUCAAAAAGAGUCGACUGGAGAGCGCAGACAGACUGGACACAGUGGACCUGAUGGUGCAUAUGUACGAUACAAAGACUGCAGAGGUGACAAAGAAGAUUUUAAAGAAGAUCAAAAGGAAUGAAGAUGCUUUUGUUCAGUGUCAAUGCAAAAUAAAGUCCAAACUAAAGAAGAAGUUCCAGUGUGUGUUUGAGGGGAUCGCUAAAGCAGGAAACCCAACAUUUCUUAAUCAGAUCUACACAGAGCUCUACAUCACAGAACAAAAGACUGCAAAGGUUAAUGAUGAACAUGAAGUCAGACAGAUUGAAACAGCAUCCCAGAAAAUGCACAGAUCAGAAACAGCAAUAAGAUUAGAAGAUAUCUUCAAAGGCUCCACUGGAAGAGAUGAACCAAUCAGAACAGUGCUGACAAAGGGAGUGGCUGGCAUUGGGAAAACUGUCUUAACACAAAAAUUCACUCUGGACUGGGCUGAAGACAAAACCAACCAGAACAUUGAAUUCACAUUUCCAUUCACUUUCAAAGAACUCAAUGUGUUGAAGGAGAAAAAGUUCAGCUUGGUAGAACUUGUGCAUCGUUUCUUUACUGAAACCAAAAAAGCAGGAAUCUGCAGCUUUGAAGACUUCCAGGUUGUGUUCAUCUUAGACGGUCUUGACGAGUGUCGACUUCCUUUGGACUUCCACAACACUGAGAUCUUUACUGAUGUUACAGAGUCGACCUCAGUGGAUGUGCUGCUGACAAACCUCAUCAGGGGACAUCUGUUUCCCUCUGCUCGCCUCUGGAUAACCACAAGACCUGCAGCAGCCAAUCAGAUCCCUCCUGAAUGUGUUAGUAUGAUGACAGAGGUCAGAGGGUUCACUGACCAACAGAAAGAGGAGUACUUUAAGAAGAGAUUCAGAGAUGAGGAGCAGGCCAGCAGGAUCAUCUCCAACAUCAAGUCAUCACGAAGCCUCCACAUCAUGUGUCACAUCCCAAUCUUCUGCUGGAUCACUGCUACAGUUCUGGAGGAUGUGCUGAGAACCAGAGAGGGAGAAGAGCUGCCCAAGACCCUGACUGAGAUGUACAUCCACUUCCUGGUGGUUCAGGCCAAAGUGAAAAAGGUCAAGUAUGAUGGAGGAGCUGAGACAGAUCCACACUGGAGUCCAGAGAGCAGGAAGAUGAUUGAGUCUCUGGGAAAACUGGCUUUUGAUCAGCUGCAGAAAGGAAACCUGAUCUUCUAUGAAUCAGACCUGACAGAGUGUGGCAUCAAUAUCAGAGCAGCCUCAGUGUACUCAGGAGUGUUCACACAGAUCUUUAAAGAGGAGAGAGGACUGUACCAGGACAAGGUGUUCUGCUUUAUCCAUCUGAGUGUUCAGGAGUUUCUGGCUGCUCUUCAUGUCCAUCUGACAUUUAUCAACUUUGAAGUGAAUCUGCUGGUAAAAGAAGAAAUCUUAUUUACAAACUUCUACCAAUGUGCUGUGGACGAGGCCUUACAGAGUCCAAACGGACACCUGGACUUAUUUCUCCGCUUUCUGCUGGGUCUGUCACUGGUAACCAAUCAGAUUCUACUCAGAGGCCUUGUGACUGAUUCAGAAAGUAUCUCAAAAGCAAGUAAACAAACAGUCCGGUACAUUGAGAACAAGCUCUGUGAGAAUCUGCCUACAGAGAAAACUAUCAAUCUCUUUCACUGUCUGAAUGAACUGAAUGAUUGUUCUCUAGUAGAGACAAUCCAGUGGAACCUGAGUUUAGGGCGUCUCUACACAGACGAACUGUCUCCUGACGAGUGGUCAGCCGUGGUCUUCAUCUUACUGUCAUCAGAAAAGGAUCUGGAUGUUUUUGAGCUGAAGAAAUAUGAUGUUUCAGAAAGGGCUCUUCUGAGGCUGCUACCAGUCGUCAAAGACUCCAAGAAAGCUGUACUAAGUGGCUGUAACCUUUCACAGAGAAGCUGUGAAGCUCUGUCCUCAGUUUUAAACUGUGACUCAUCUCAUCUGAGGAAGCUGGAUCUGAGUAACAACAAUGUGCAAGAUUCUGGUGUGAAGAUACUGUCUGCUGGAUUGAAGAGUUCAUACUGCAGACUGGAUUCACUCAGACUCUGUGACUGCAAACUCUCACAGAGAAGCUGUGACGUUCUGUCCUCAGUUCUCAUCUCACAGACUUCUAGCCUGAGGGAGCUGGACCUGAACCACAAUGAUCUGCAAGAUUCAGGAGUGAAGAUGCUAUCUGCUGCACUGAAGAGGACACAGUGCAAACUGGAAAUGCUCAGGCUGUCAGGGUGUAUGAUUACAAGUGAAGGCUGUGUGUCGCUGGCCUCAGCUCUGAGCUCCAACCCCUCUUAUCUGAAAGAGCUGGAUCUGAGCUACAAUCAUCCAGGAGACUCAGGAGUGAAGCUGCUGUCAGCUAGACUGAAUGAUCCACACUGGAGAAUGGACACGCUCAGGUUGGAGCCUGCUGGAGUUCAGUGGUUGAGACCAGGUCUGAGAAAGUAUGCAUGUGAACUCACGCUGGACUCAAACACAGCAAACAGAAAACUCAAGCUCACUGACAACAGCAGGGAGGUGGUAUAUGAGGGCUAUCAGUCAUAUCCUGACCAUCCAGAUAGGUUCGACAGGUGUCCUCAAAUGCUGUGUAGAAAUAGCCUGACAGGUCGCUGUUACUGGGAGUUCGAAUGGAAAGGAGAUGUUCAGUUAGCUGUGAGUUACAGGGGAAUCAGAAGAAGAGGAGACGGGCUUGAUUGCAGGUUUGGGGAGAAUGAUCAGUCCUGGAGUCUCUUCUGCUUUGAUAAUCGUUUCUCUGUCUGGCACAACAACCGACAUGCUCUCCUCCCAUUUUUUUCUCCCACUGUGUCCUCCUCUGUCUCUAACAGAGUAGGAGUGUUUGUGGACUGUCCUGCUGGCACUCUGUCCUUCUACAAGGUCUGCUCUGACACUCUGAUCCACCUCCACACCUUCAACACCACAUUCACUGAACCUCUUUAUCCAGGAAUAGGGUGUUUUAUUCAUUCCUCUGUGACUCUGUGCGAUCUUUAG